GUAAUUUGGACAAAAUGAAUGAAAUCAGUGGGAAUGUGGACGAUAUUGUAAAUCAAAUGCGAAGGUUCACAUGGGUCGACUAUGUAGUGUUUGUGUUCAUGUUGGCCAUAAGUGCUGUUGUCGGAGUGUAUUGGGGAUUCAUGAAGAAACAAACAACGCAGACUGAUUAUCUUCUGGGCGGGAGGAAUAUGAAAGUAGUACCGGUUUCCAUGUCGCUCGUUGCAAGUUUUGUAUCCGGCAUAACCUUGCUUGGGUCCCCAACGGAAGUGUACAUGUACGGAACGCAGUACGCAUAUAUCAUCGGUGCGAUAUUCCUUAUGUCCGUGAUAAUGACACAAGUUUACCUACCUGUUUUUCAUCAGCUUAAGCUCACAUCCAAUUAUGAGUAUCUUUCAAUAAGAUUCGAUAACCGAGUUCGACUAUUUGGAUCGAUCUUAUUUGCUUUUACAUUGGUAGGAUGGCUGCCCAUUGUUAUCUACGUGCCAGCAUUAGCAUUUAAUCAAGUGACUGGAAUCGGCAUACAUGUUAUAACUCCGAUAGUGUGCUUAGUUUGCAUAUUUUACACGAGUGCUGGAGGUCUGCAAGCCGUCGUUUGGACGGACGUUAUUCAAAUAACGGCAAUGUUCGGUGCAAUGGCAAUUGUCGCUGUAAAAGGUACUAUGGAUGUUGGCGGUAUUGGCGUUGUUUGGCAAAGGAAUAUGGACAGCGGAAGGAUUGAAGCUCCCGACUGGGAUCCCAAUCCCCUAACGCGACAUACAAUAUGGUCUUUAAUCAUGGGAGGGGUCAUUUAUUGGCUCCAAGCAAAUGCUGUUAAUCAGACUAUGGUACAAAGAUACCUCUCUCUGCCUACACUGCGUGGUGCUAAAUGGGCAGUCUUCUUGUUUUGCAUCGGUAUAUCACUACUGUACUGUUUCUGUCUUUACUGCGGUUUGUUAAUCUACGCAAGAUUUCACGAUUGUGAUCCUCUUCAAACUAAGUUGGCGAAGGCAAAGGAUCAGUUAUUGCCUUUGUUGGUCAUGGACGUUCUUGGUGAUAUCCCUGGCUUACCAGGAGUGUUUGUUGCUGGCAUAUUCAGUGCAGCAUUGAGUUCUUUGUCGACAAGUCUGAAUUCAAUGUCUGCUGUGGUAUUGGAAGACUUCUACAAGCCUUUUUAUAGCAAGGAACUUUCGGAUAGACAAACAGCUUGGCUAAUGAGAGGAGUGGUGAUACUUUUGGGCGCGUUAUGUGUAGCUCUAGUUUUCAUUGUCGAAAAAAUGGGGACAAUAUUACAGCUCACAAUGACUCUAGAAUCAAUGACAAUGGGCCCACAGCUUGGGGUUUUUACUAUGGGAAUACUGAUGCCAUGGGUCGAUGCUACGGGAGCCCUGGUAGGUGGAGUCAGUGGACUCAUGAUAAUGUCAUGGUGGUGUCUCACAGCACAGCUAUCAAUCGCCCGUGGAGAAAUAACACAUGCUCAUAAACCUUUAACCACCCUCGGAUGUCAUUAUAACUACACAGUAUUGGAAACAGUCGCUGUAAAUGUUGGUUUGGGCGAACAAGUAAAUCCUGUGCUUCGAGUUUCCUACAUGUGGUAUACUCUAGCUGGGGCAGUUGUCACGAUGUGUGUCGGAGCUGCUGUGUCCCGAGUCAAUAGAGCACGUGGGAAGCCUCAUUUACCACCGGCUCCAAACCUGCUCGCUCCACAAAUAAGAAGACUUCAUAAGGAGCCUCCGCACCCUACUGAAGAACCAUUCAUCCAAGCAUAUGGAAAUAGCAAGGAAACCUGUCUUAUUAACACUACCUCAAUCAACAUGAAGGUUAUCAAGGAAAUUGCAGAGAUCCGUUGAUAUGUUUU